AACACACACAAAUUACAGAACUCUCUCCCGAUUUAAGUUUUGAAGUAGUGCUCGUCAUGCUUGGUGAAAUGGCAAUGUCACCAGAGAAUGAACACCCGGUGAAGGCUUUGGGAUGGGCAGCCAGAGAUUGCUCAGGACAUCUCUCUCCCUUCAAGUUCUCAAGAAGGGCCACCGGAGAAAAAGAUGUGACUUUUAAGGUAUUGUAUUGUGGUAUAUGCCAUUCUGAUCUCCACAAUGUCAAAAACGAAUGGGGAACAACUUCUUAUCCCGUGGUACCCGGGCAUGAGAUUGUCGGUGUGGUCACUGAAGUGGGCACCAAAGUGACAAAAUUCAAAAUUGGGGAUAAAGUGGGUGUUGGGUGUUUGGUUGGGUCAUGUCAAUCCUGUGCAAAUUGCAAAGAUGAUCUUGAGAAUUACUGCCCCAAAAUGAUCCUGUCUUAUGGUUCAAAGUUCUACGAUGGAACCAUUACCUAUGGUGGCUACUCGGACGUCAUGGUAUCAGAUGAGCACUUUGUAAUUAAAAUUCCUGACAACUUGCCUCUUGAUGGCGUUGCUCCUCUCCUUUGUGCCGGGAUCACUGUCUACAGUCCAUUGAAGUACUAUGGGCUUGAUAAGGCUGGAUUGCACUUAGGAGUGGUUGGGUUGGGUGGGCUGGGGCACAUGGCCGUGAAGUUUGCCAAGGCCAUGGGCCUCAAGGUGACCGUUAUUAGUACUUCGCCUAACAAGAAGAAGGAAGCCAUGGACCAUUUGGGAGCCGACGAAUUCUUGGUUAGCCGCAAUACUGAAGAGAUGCAAGUAUGUUCUAGUACAAUGGAUGGGAUCAUUGACACGUCUCACUGUGCAUGCUCUUUGCCUUUAAUCGGUCUUUUGAAAACUCAUGGCAAGCUUGUCUUGGUUGGUGCGCCAGAGAAGCCACUUGAGUUACUUGCUAUGCCACUCCUUAUGGGAAGAAAGAUUGUGGGAGGAAGCCUUAUUGGAGGGAUUAAAGAGACGCAAGAGAUGAUUGAUUUCGCAGCGAAGCACGACAUAGUUUCGGAUAUUGAGCUUAUUACUAUGGAUUAUGUGAACACCGCCAUGGAGCGUCCGUCAAAGGCGGAUGUUAAGUAUCGAUUUGUCAUCGACGUUGCCAAUUCAUCGAAGUCUUCUUGAGGUUUUCCGAUGGCUUGGUACUCUCCAGAGCAAGAAUGAAGAUCAGCAUUUCUUAUCUUGUCUUUUCAGAGUUGCUUUAUAUAGCUAAGAUCAUUUUCCAACUUGUAUCAAUUUAGCGUGAUUUGCCUAUGCUCUAGUGUUGUUAUCAUUUCAUUAUCACCUCCGAAACAAAGAUUAUCGCUUUGUAUGGACUGCAA